UGCAUUGUAAAGUUGUAAAGCGGGCAGGAAGUUAGCCAACCAAGCCCUGGGCUAGGGGGUGUAAAGUUCACCACUACUUAGUCAUUGUAGUGGUCGGUAGCAGCAUUCUCUCUCUCAGUCACAACAAGACAACAUCUAUUGAUCCUGUUCCUAAUCCGUGUUAAGAGGAGUGGGUGCUGACACGUCCAACUGAAAGAUCACAAACAGCCAGACAUUACCAUUAUCCUCUGGGUGCCAUUGGCAACGUCAAUACAAUGGUAAUAAAAGAUUUGGAUCACAUCUAUGCGUACGCUCUGACCAAGACUCUGACUAAAGUGUCCUCUCCUGCUACGGUGGGCCUCUACUCAUCAUGUCAGAACCGCAUCAACAUGAUCCUCAGAUAUAUAGAGGUCCACAUGGAGCAGGAGGCAAAGAGGAGGGAGAAGAAGUGCCAGGGCAGGUCCAAGCCUCGUUCCAUCAAACCCUCCAUUACUGGUCUCCUAGCUCUGAUCUGCAGGCUGCUGUUCUACAGACCCAUCUGGACCGAGGAGAACCAGCAACGGCAGAAUGUCCGGUUCAUCUAUGUUCGGUUCUCCGCAUGGCACUUCGCCGGGAGUGACCUCCUCUGGGCGGGGCUGGUGAUGAGACUGUGCCUGGUGCUGCAGGAGAGUUUCGGGAAAUUUCAGCUGGGUCUGUACCGUGUGGCGCAGCACGACGAGAACGAUGAGGUGAGGAAGAAGGUGAUUGAAAACACGCCGUCAGAAUGGAGGUCUAAGAAGUUCUGCUGUUUCCCUCUCUGGUCCCUGGUCCUGGCCGCGCUGCUCGCUGCUCUCACAGUCCUCGUCUUCCUGGUGAAGUUUGGCUUUCCGGAGUUUCCAGAAGCACCAGAGCUGGACGGACUGGGAUCAGGAAAUGGAACAGAAGGAGAAGGCCCGAGUGAAGCCCAAAGAGGGACCGGCGUGUUCGAGGGACUGGCGCUCGCUGCCCUGGGGGUCCCUGCAGCAGGAGCUAUACGGUUCACAUUCCAGAUGGGAAAGAACCUGAUCUUCAACCAGGACCUGAACGUCCGUAAGGCGCUGGACAACGAGAGGCUCAGCGGCCAACUAGGAUUCAUGAACGAGGUGAGGAAGGAGAUGUGGCUGUUGUCCAGGUUCAUCCAGUUCAUGGAGGUGUUUGAGCAGAGGAGGAUCCGCGUGGUCCUGGAGAUCACUAACCUGGACCGAUGUGCUCCUAAGAAGAUUGUUGGGGUCCUGGAUGCUAUCAGUAUACUGCUCUCUGAUGAGGAGUCCCCCUUUAUCUCUCUGCUGGCAGUCAACCCUGAGGUCCUGGUUCAACAGGUGAACUAUGCAGACGGGUGCUUCAGUAAAGAAGACAGAGCCUAUGCCUUCUUGAACCGCAUCGUGACCCUGGCCUUCACCAUACCGCCGCUCUGCCACGCCUCCAAGCACAGGGUGUUCUACAAUAUCGUUAGAGGCCAAUCAGAGAUCACGGAAGAAGUCAAGGGUCAGGGGUCAAAGGGGAUCGAGCUGGACCUGGGCAACCAAGAGACAUCCCUCUCCUGUAUCGAGAGCGCCCCCCUCCAAACAAAGGAGACAUCAAGUAUUCUGAAGGAGACCAGUAUUCCUUUGAUAGACAACCACAUCGAGGAGGCGUACGUGGCGUUUGCGCUGAGUGAGGAUGAGGUGGACAAGGCAAUAGAAUCUGCGUUGGAGAGCAUCCUGUCCAGCAGCAGAGGGAAACUCCACCACUACAUCUCUGAUGACACCAUGUCCAUGAGACGGGUCAUCAACUCCAUUAGGGUGACCGUGGUGCUCAUGGAGGCUCUGAAGACGGAGCUGCCCCCGCCAGAGAACAGCGCUGCCUGGGUCGUUCUGGCCAACCAUUGGCCCUGUCGUCUCAGCUGGAUCCUACAGUGUCUGGAGGACGAGCAGCAGAGAGCGGAGAUCGAUGUCGGGACGGCAACGCUCGUCGACGGGUCCAAGACGCUGUGGGAGGUGUUCAGCGACUCGAGGAUGGAGCUUCACAUGAUGAGCGAGGAGAUCAAAGACCUGCUGGAGCAGGACGGAGAUCCAGAGAUGUUCGAAAUGUUCCUCAAGGUGGAUUUCCAGUUCAUGGUGAGGGACGCGGAGAGGUUCAAGCUGACCACGGUCAACCUGGAUCAUUCUAUCAGGAGGGAGCUGGCCCGGAUCAGAGGGACCGCCGGGCUGAAGAAUUCCGGGUGGGGGAGGAACCUGGCUCCUCUCAACAUCAGGACUGUUAUCAACAUGACCUCUGAGGACGUCUGCAAAGAGCUGGCGAGCAUGAACCUCCCUGAGAAGUACGCAGACAUCGUCCGUAGCAAUGACCUCACCGGCCAGGCGCUGGUCUUCGGUGAUCCCGACGACCUCAAGCAGCUGCUCCAGAUGACCUUCGGGGAGUGGACGACCUUCAGACUCCACUUCCUGGGUAUCGGUGGAAGGCCCCGAGGUGGAGCCAAGGCCACGCCCCUAAAACCCAAACAACUGACCAAUCAGCUGUCCAGACACACCCCCCAGUUCGGUCUCCACGGCCACGGGUCAACAUUAAAUCUGUCUUUCUCUUGAGGCCGUCGCGAGACGGAUGAAAUCGGAUACAUACACAAACGGAUGAUCUGUGAGAAGGGUCUGUGUAUU